AUGCCUGAUGGCGGACUAGCUGAGGGGCCGGAGGAAAAGGCGGAGGCGCUACGACAGUCGUUCUUCCCACCUCCCUCACAGGCCGACCUGUCCGAUAUAGAAGGGUACCAGUAUCCUCCAGCAAUCGAGUGUCCCGCAAUUACUCUACCGGAAAUUGAGCGAGCAGUGAAGUCUGCACCCCGCAGUAAGGCACCGGGCAUGGACGGAAUUAUCAAUGGCAUCUUACACGAAACGAUCGACCUCCUCCUUCCUUGCCUUCACAAGCUCUUCAACGCAUGCCUCGAACAGGGUUACUGCCCUUCACAUUUCAAAGAAACAAUCACGGUGGUCUUAAGAAAGCCGGGAAAAGACGAUUAUUCGCAGCCAAAGUCAUAUCGACCAAUUGCCCUCCUCAACACGCUGGGAAAGGUGUUGGACGGAGUGAUUGCAAACCGACUGGCAUACUUAGCUGAUACCUUCCAACUACUUCCCCGUCGGCACACAGGAGGGAGAAAGCUCACCUCAACAGAGCACGCAAUGCAUGUGCUCCUUCAACGCAUAUAUCAGGCCUGGUCUGAAGGCGAAGUCGCCACGCUACUGCUGCUGGAUGUGUCGGGCGCUUACGAUAAUGUCUCUCACGAGAGACUCCUGCACAACCUUCGAAAGCGCCGCAUCGAUCCAAAAGUCAUCCGAUGGAUAGCUUCGUUUCUCAGCGAUCGGUCGACAACACUCAAACUACAGGAAUACACAGCACCGUCGGCACCAAUCAAGACGGGGAUUCCACAGGGAUCCCGCAUGUCACCAUAUCUAUACUUGUUUUAUAAUGCAGACUUGGUAGAAGAUUGUAAGACCGAAAAAACGGAAGCGGUAGGAUAUAUCGAUGAUGUGUCUGUUUUGGCAGUCGGGCCUUCGUCAGCCCAUAACUGCAAAACCCUCAAAGCCAUCCACCAGAAGGCCGAAGAAUGGGCGGUGAAGCAUGGCUCAAAAUUCGCGCCCGCCAAGUACGAGCUCGUGCACUUCACCAGAGAUCCGUGUCCACAUGGACACUAG